AUGAAACCCAUCAGUGCGUCUCCGACCCUUCACGUACUCGCCAAGAGAUGGUACCCACGAGCCCCCAAAAAGUUCAACACGAAUUUGCUUAUUAACGAUGUCCACCAUGCGAUUUUCGAGUCUGGCUCCCCAUCUCUGCUGGGGCCAUCGCACAGCCAAAUACGAUUGUUGAUCGAGUCCGAGUACUUUGAGCGAGUACUUUGGCACUAUUUCAGUGAGGACGUCUCGCUGAGACACUUGGAGCUUAUUGUGGUGCUCCUUAUCCAGAAACUCGAGACAAUUGCCAAUCUUCAAUUGCAGAAUUUGGCAGGGGAUUCCCGUUUUGACGUUUUGGUCAACAGACUCAUCCAGACCACACUGAUUGUGACAGAUCGUGCUAAUUUCAAGCUUUUCGGAUACAUUGUACGCUUUGUCGGCGUCUUAUACUCCAAAGGGAGAGAUAUUCCGGAAGUUGCAGCCAAAAUCCAUCCCUUGUUCGAUAUCACCAUCUGGAACAAUAUCACAGGCUAUGAAGAAUUGUUCGACAAAGACUCACAAGAGGUAUAUAAUAAGAAGUUGAGUGCUUCUCUUGAGCAGCUGAAAUCCAAGAUCGAAUUUAAUUUGAAAAAUAAGUGGAUUUUUAAUUUGUUGAUUGGAAGCUCCAAGAUAUUGCUAGAAUCUGAGUUUUGCAAGACACCCGAUUUCCAGUCCUUUGUCGAGUCUAUUUUGUCGCUUUUGACCAUAAAGCUUAGUCAAGUGGAGGAAAAUGAUUACUUUAGAGUUUUCUACAACGCUGUCCAAUUCUUACCGCUUGUUGUUUUGCAUAAGGACAAGUUCAACGACCCCAGAAGAAUUGAACAGCUUGCAGACGUCUUAGUUUACUAUGAGCUUUCUAAGAACCUUCAAGAAUCUGAAUUUUUCUAUAAAUUACAAGAAUAUGUCUUCAGUUUAUUUCCAACUAAAAGUCAUGAACUGUUUAUGAAUAUGCCUUCAGUGUAUGCAUACACUCCCAAUAAGCUCAAGGAAUUUUUAUCUCAAUUUACCAUAGAGGAACUUACUACGUUGAUGAAGAAGACAGUGCAUCUUGAGUCCAGUAAAUUCCUUUCGACUACAUUCAAGCAGGACGAGAAAGCAAUAAUAAUUCAAAUUCUCAUUUCCAGAACUUUCACUACUAAUACUUCCCUGGAAUUUAUUUCGAGUUAUGAUGAAUCUACCUUCGAUAGUUCGAUAAGCUGUUCCAAAUAUUCAAAUUCUUCAGUACAUUUAACUCCAGGUAAAUUCCUUUCAAGUAAUGACAUAUUCUCAGAUGAGCAUUUGUCAAACCUAAAAAUUCAGAUCCAGCAUGAUAUUUCUAAUCAUAUACUCAAUGUUCUCAAAAGGAUUGAUAUUGACCCCAAAUUAAACUUCAAAGGGAAAAGCAAAUAUUUUUAUCAAAUCAAAGAUCUCAGAUCCCAACAGGGAACUGAAUAUGUGUUUAAUUUGAAUCGCAACUACAAUUCUGGUAAUGGAGUAGUGGCGUUGAUUGAAUUGGUCUUACCUAAUAAGUUUGCUAGAGAAGACCGAGUUCAGAAGUACGGAUUGAAUUUGAUUAGACUUGGUAAAAUAACAAGUACAGAUGGCCAAAAGGGUACGGGUGUCAGAUGCAAUUACACAGUUGACUCGUUAGUUGAUAGAGUUAAGUAUCUAAUCGCUGUCCCUGAUAGCUUGGGCCUCAAAAUUUUACAUUCCUAUAACGAGAUUCAUAUUCUGGGUGAGGAUUCCACUUCAAGUAUCGAAUCAAUAUUGAGUGGAGCUCCUAAAAAAAUACAUCAUCAUGAAAUUGAAAAUUUCAAAAGAAGAAAGGUUGACUCUGGGGCCUCUCAAAGCACCGAAGUUGAUUUACUCGAUUCAAUUAUCUCAAACAACUACACUUUGGUCAAAUCUGUCAGAUAUACAGGGAUUGAAUCUGUGCUUACCAAUGCACUUUCUUACCUCAAUUUUGAGCGCACCAUUAUUAUUGCACCUACUGAGACAUAUGUUAAGAGGUUGGCUGGCUUACGAGGUGUAGAUGAGUUCACAUACGUUGGAUUUGGGCUGGAAGAUGAAUUGAAAGAGAUUGAAAAGAGAGUCCGCUCUUCCAUGAAAGUGAUAGCUCAGCUUUUCGACCAUGCAGAGGGCCUGAAGGAAACGAUCGACUUGAACAGCAUAGAUUAUUACGAGUUUCAAAUAAAAUCCACGUGGACUAAGUAUUUGGAGGAAAAUAAAGGAAAGACCAGUGAGAUUUUGAAGAACUACCCAUUUGCUGAUGGAAAAAGCACCUUCAAAUCCUUCAAAGAUAUCACCAAGUCGUACUUUUAUCUUCUCAAGAACAUUAAUUUUUUGCGUAUCAUUGCCCCCAUUUGGCUGAAAUCCGGUUUGAGGACCACAAAUAGUCACUUGUGGAAAUAUCUAUACCGCAAAUUCAAUCCUAUUAUCACCUUGGAAGACUAUUUGUCCUUUGGCGAGCUGGACACCUUUACCAAUAUUUUCAUUAUUGAUGGAACUCCCGAAUGCUUACCAGUGGUGGCAAGGAUGAAUCAAGGCGAAGUGAAGAGGCUUAUUGGAAUAGGUGGAUCGAUAGUGAAUUUCCGGCAAGAACAUAUUUUUACGCUAAACGAGGUUCAUGGUGUGAGGAAUGAGUUUAUUGCUGGCCAACCCAUAGGAGAGAAUAACUUUAGAAACUUUAAUCCUGGAUUCAAAUACAACUCGCAAUUGAUUGAAGCCAAAAGCCAGGUAGAGGAAGCCGAAUUUUGCGUCAACUUGUAUCAAUAUAUGGUCUUGCUUGGCUAUCCUACCUCAAAAAUUGGGAUCUGGGUCUCUUCGGAGCAGCAAAGGGCAUUAAUCACCGAAAUCUUCGACUCUAAAUUGCCAGAAAACCAAGGAAAAGGCUUUAGUUUUGAGGCUCCUGAAGUGAUUCUCAACGACAAAUACCAUACAUUGGAUUAUUCUGAUUAUGCCAUCAUAGGCUUAGGCGAUGGGGACUAUUAUAAUGGUGUUCCUGGUAGACUAGGGAACUACUACGUUGGCCAGCCACACGCAUUGAUACAGUCGCAGGCACCUAUUCCCACGGAGCACAAAUUGCAAAUCUGUUCAGGGGAAAACUUCACUGUUUCCGAGAGAAAAGUGGGGCAGUUUUAUACGAUCGAGGACCAAGACCAUUUGCAAGAAUAUGUCGACCAGAUGACGGCAGCCAGACGGAAAUAG